AUGCAGCAUAAAGCGGAAGCUCCACUGGUGAAGCAGAUGAGAACUUGCCACCUUGUGGAGCCUAAUCUUGUGGGAAAGGAAACUUUACAUGCUUGCACAAGGUUGGUUGAACUGGUGCUUCCACAGAAGAAAAAGAAGGCGUACAAGGUUGGUAUUACUGGAACAGGAGGGGUUGGGAAGACAACUCUGGCUCAGAAAAUAUAUAAUGACCAAAAAAUAAAAGGAGCAUUUAGCAACCGAGCAUGGAUCUGUGUUUCUCAGGAGUACUCUGAAGUCGCUCUAUUGAAAGAAGUUGUUCGAAAUUUUGGUGUACAUCAAGAGCAAGGUGAAAGUGUGGGAGAGCUCAGCAGCAAGCUUGCAGAGGCCAUUCGAGGAAAAAGUUUCUUUCUUGUGCUAGAUGAUGUUUGGCAGCCUCAGGUGUGGACCAAUCUGCUGAGAGUUCCAUUACAUGCUGCUGCAACCGGAGUAAUUCUAGUAACCACUCGACAUGAUACAGUUGCACAUGUAAUUGGGGUGGAGGAUGUGCAUCGAGUUGAGUUGAUGGCAUUAGAUGUAGGAUGGGAACUGCUCUGGAAGAGUAUGAACAUUAAUCAAGAAAAUGAUGUGCAAAACCUUCGGCAUAUAGGCUUGGAAAUUGUGUGUAAAUGUGGCGGACUUCCCCUUGCAAUCAAAGUUACUGCUAGUGUUCUAGCAACUAAAGAGAGAACUCAGAAUGAGUGGAGAAAGAUUAUGGAGAGAAGUGCAUGGUCUAUGUGCAAUCUUCCAAUCGAGCUCAGAGGUGCUCUGUAUUUGAGUUACGAUGAUCUGCCACGGCAUUUGAAGCAAUGCUUCCCCUAUUUGACCUUAUAUCCAGAAGAUCAGUACAUGUACCGUGAUGAUCUUAUCAGGCUUUGGAUUGCUGAAGGCUUUGUUGAGGAGCAUAAAGAACAACUUCUGGAAGAUACAGCUGAAGAAUAUUACUAUGAGUUGAUGUAUAGGAAUCUACUGCAACUAGACCCUUUGCGUUUUGACCGUAGCAUGUGCAAAAUGCAUGAUCUCUUGAGGCAACUUGCUCAACACUUUUCAAGAGACGAAAAUUAUUGUGGUGACCCACAAUCAUUACAGGUUACAACUCUGUCCAAGCUACGCCGUGUUUCAGUUGUCACUGACAAAGAUUCUUUAAUGCUCCCCAAUGUGGACAAAGAGAAGAUUAGAGCAAGGACACUGUUAAUUCAUUCUACUAAGAAAUUGAGUGUUGAAAAUACAAUUUUCAAGAGGCUACCAUGCAUCAGAGUUUUAGAUCUGACUGGUUCAUCUAUAAAAAGCAUUCCAGAUUGUGUUGGUGGUUUGAUCCAUCUACGACUUCUUGAUCUAGAUGAGACAGCCAUAUCUUGUCUUCCAGAGUCAAUCGGUUCUUUGACAAACCUUCAGAUACUGAACUUGCAAAGGUGCAAAGCUCUGCACAGCCUUCCUUCUUCGAUCACACAAUUGUGCAAUUUAAGGCGCCUUGGUCUAGGUGGUACACCGAUAAAUCAGGUGCCAAAAGGGAUAGGUAAACUAGAAUUCCUCAAUGAUCUGGAAGGAUUUCCUAUUGGUGGUACAAGUGAUGACGCUAAUACACAAGAUGGAUGGAAGUUGGAAGAGUUAGGGCAUCUUUGGCAGCUAAGGCAGCUUCACAUGAUCAAAUUGGAAAGAGCAGCUCCUAGUACGGCAAAUUCUUCAUUGUUAGGAGGCAAAAAGUAUCUCGAAUUUUUGAAUCUUUGGUGCAGUCAACGUAAAGAAGAACCAAAUUCAGAUGAUAUCAGCAAUAUUGAGAAGAUUUUUGAGCAGCUAGUCCCUCCACUCAACUUGGAAAAGCUUAUUAUUGUUAAAUUCUUUGGUCGAAGGUAUCCCACCUGGCUUGGUACCAUUAUCCAUUUGUCUUCAACAACAUAUUUGAACCUUAUCGACUGCAAAUACUGUGCGCAUCUUCCAGCAAUUUGGCAGCUAGCCAGCCUGAGAUAUCUGAAAAUUGUUGGAGCAACCGCAAUUACCAAGAUCGGACCCGAAUUUGUUGGAUGCGGGGAGGCUAAUCCCAUAGAAUCCAUGGAGGCAGUUGCCUUCCCCAAGCUUGAAUACCUCGUCAUCAAAGAUAUGCCCGACUGGAGCGAGUGGUCCUUUGUUGAAGAAGAAGAAGAAGCAAUGGCAGCAGCUACGGAAGGGGGAGUGACUGCGAUGUCUCCCCCGAUGCAGCUGUUGCCAUGCCUGAAGAGGUUGGAGCUUCUUGGCUGCCCCAAGCUGAGAGCUCUCCCACGACAGCUUGGACCGGAGGUCACCAACCUGAAAGAGCUUUUUAUUAUUGGCGCAAGCUUCUUGAAGGCAGUGGAGGACCUCCCUUUCGUGGAGAGUGUCUUGAUCUCAGGAUGUCAAGUCCUGGAGAGGGUCUCGAACCUUCCUCGACUGAGGGAGCUACGUAUAAAUGAUUUCCCAGAAUUGUGGCAUGUUGACGGGCUGGCAAGCUUGCAGCAGCUGUGGUUGACAGAGAAUACGCUGGAGAUCUCUUCUUUACUAUGGGUGCCAGGGCUGCAACAACAGUGCCGUCAGCUUCACGGCCAUGGGGAAGACCCGUUGGAUGUCUACCAAUGGCUUCAGUAG